CUGACAUUCUUAACCAAGUCAUGUGAUUUAAGGGAAGUUGCCCUGUUCCUCACAGAACAAAGAAACCACUUUCAUUUUCUGCAGCAGACAAAUCACACCAGCAGCAAAAUACAGCAAGAGGAGACUGAAACCUUCCCUUAACCAGGAUGAUAACGAAACAAAGAGAAAAGUUCUUUUCAAGCCUGAAGCAUGCAUAAAUGAACGAGAACUGACCUGAAUCAUCAAAUCCAAUAAAAUGGAUCAGAACACCCGUGAUCUCACUGUGGUGCUGUUUGGGAACAGCUCUGCAGUUCACUUUGGAGAUGAGAACAUCCUGCUUGGGAAAGCCCCAGAAGGCAAUGCUGAUUUUUCACAGACUGUUCCAGAAUCAAGGAAGAUAUCAGGACACAGAGUGAGUGUAAUCAACAUACUGGACCUGCAGGAAAAUGAACUUUACCUGGACUCAGUGGAUCAGACCAUUGACCGUUUGGUCAGUGAAAAUGAAAUCCAUUCCUUCAUCUUCGUACUGCAACUCGGGCAGUUAACAGACAGUGAUAAGAGGGGAAUAGAAUGGCUUCAGAAAUUGUUUGGUGAAGCUGUUCUACCAUUCACGAUGAUCCUCUUUACUUAUGAAAGAGAGGAGGGCGAUGACAAAGUCAUAGAUGAACUGAAGAAAAACCCUUGUCUAGAGCAGCUGGUGAAGAAAUGUGGAGACAGAUAUUACACCUGCAGCAAAAGCAUGAACAACCAAUCAGAGAUGAAAAUGCUACUAGAGAAGAUUGAAUUCACGGUCUCGGAGAACAGCCAGCGCUGUUACACUGCAGAGAUGUACAACACAGUUUCAGACUUCAGAAAAAGCCUUCAAGAUUCUGAGAGUCAACUAAGUGCCGAUAAUUCUCAGGUGCAACCAGAGGAGACAAAAUCUACAGCCAGAAAACAAAGAACAGAAAAUCCAAAUAUCCCAAAAAAGCCUGGAUUUCUACAGACUUUAAUGUCACUGCCGCAGCAGGCCCUGGACAGAAUAAAAAAACGAAACCUUUCUUCAGUGGAGGAAGAUGAGCUUAACAGAACAAAAUACACUCCACAACACUAUGAAGAAAAUAAAAAGUAUGAAAAAGAAAGAAAAGAACCACUUUUGGACAAAAAAACAGAGCAGCUCUUUACAAGACUUCAGUUAAAUGGACACCAAACAGAAAAGCUGAAAUCUGCAGAUGUUCUUCAAUUAACUGCACAGAUAUUAUCAUUCAAAGAACCUUGCAGAGAGAAAGAACUGGUUCAGGCUUUCUUACAGAGGCUGAUGUUGAUGGACUACAGAGCAAGAUAUAUUCCCAUUAAAGAAGCAGCCAGUGAGGAGGGUCAUGUUCAGUCAGGUCCAGUGAACAAAGAGGAAGAUGACACAUAUGACACAUUCUUCAGCCUACAGUUAGUGUCUAUUGAUGAAGAAACACAAGAAUAUUCUAUUCACCCCAUGGAUGUUCAGAUGGCAGUGUUCCACUGCUCAGAUAGUUUCCUAAAGCAGCUGAUAGUGACUAAGCUUUCACAGUGUCAGUACGCUCUGCCUCUACUGGUGCCAAAUCCCUUCACAGGAGAGAUUGAGUUUCAACAGUGGGCGUUCCAUCAGAUCAGGAAGAGCUGGAAAAGUACUGACAUGUCUGGAAAGGUGAUCAGCAAAAUCAAGCCGAUUUGUGAAGCAGAAACGCCAAUGGUAGCCUUUUUUAGAAUUGGUUCUAUCUCCACAUCCAAAUCAAAACUGAUAAAUGAUCUGAUCAAUGAAAGACACAGCACGUUCUUUCACAGGGACUGUCCAGGCAGCAGCAGAAAUCGUCAACUGAUGGACGGAGUGGUGGAAAUUGCCUGGUACUGCCCAUCUGGGAAAAGUACUGAUCAUUUCACUGAUUGUGUGGCAUUCUGUAAUCUACACGGUGAUGCAGAAACUCAUGAGAAACAGCUGGAGAUUCUAACUGAAAUGUCCUCAGUGAACGUGGUAGUCUUAGGUGAUCAAGAUGGUAAUAUACCAAAAAAUGAAAUACUAAAGAAACUCUAUAAAGAGAAAAAGCCACUAAUUUACUUAUCCUGUGGGGAUAACUCAAAAGUCACUGUGUCACAGAACUCAAAAUACAAGAUAGGACUUAAAGACAGGAAUAAAUCAGAUAUAUCUAUGGAUCUGGAAAAAGUUAUCAAAGAUUGCUGCUCAAACUCACCCUAUACAUUCAGUCUUAAUAAAUUUGGAAAAAUUAAGGAGCUGACCAAGGAUGAAAAUGAUGAGAAGUGUCAAAAGGGAAAGGAAGCUGCUAUGCAGAUAAUAAAAUGGCCGGAAGGAACAGAAUUGUCCAAAGUGAAGGAAUCCUCUCUCCCACAACAGGGGAAGUUUUGGAGUGAAUGGUGCCAGAAAAAGAAAGAACUCCACCGACUUCAAGGGUCCAAAUUAGAGAAGCAAAAGAGUGAAAUACGAGCUGAAAUGAAAAACAUUCGUGAAGAGCAGCAUAAACUUGGGCUCUCAAAACUGAUGGACCUGUUUACUCACACACUGAAGACGUCAGCAGAAAAUGAAAAAUGCUAUUUUCUGAAAUGGCUUGGGAUCCUGCUAGAUAACUUCACCACAGAUGAGCUCUCUGGUUUCCAUCAUGCAUAUGAUCAAACUUGGUCAAAGGUUUUGGACCUAAAAGGACAGGCUGAUAAAUCAGAAGACAUGAAGAAUGCACAAACAAAACUUGAAGAAAUAUCAAAGAAAUUGAGCGCUGCAGCCUUCAGCAUUGAACACAUUUUUAGGGAGAUGGGUCAGAUAUAUGAGGCCUGCAUGGCUGUACAAGCAGGGAAAAAUGACUUCUCUCUCCCCAAACUUGCAGCUGAGUCCAUGCUAUCUGGCCAUCCACUAGAACUGAUGGAUGGUGAUACAGGCCAUGUUCCUCUUGACUGGGUUUCUGCAGUUCUAGAUGAACUAAUCAAUAUACUGGGAGACCAGAGGGUCUUUGUGUUGUCAGUUCUGGGAAUUCAGAGCUCAGGGAAAUCCACCAUGCUCAACGCCAUGUUCGGACUCCAGUUUGCAGUCAGUGCUGGAAGAUGCACCAGAGGAGCCUUCAUGCAGCUGGUCAAAGUGUCUGAGGAGAUGAAGAAAGAACUGAACUUGGACUACAUUUUUGUGGUUGAUACUGAGGGAUUACGAGCUCUGGAAUUUACUGGAAUAUCAACAAGACAACUAGACAAUGGACUUGCAACAUUUGUGGUAGGUCUUGGAAACAUGACUUUAAUUAAUAUGUUUGGAGAGAAUCCAUCAGAGAUGCAAGACAUCCUUCAGAUUGUUGUUCAGGCUUUUCUGAGGAUGAAGAAGGUCAGACUAAAUCCGAGAUGUAUGUUUGUACAUCAGAAUGUGGGAGAAAUCACUGCUGCAGAUAAAAACAUGGAGGGACGGAAGCGCUUUUUGGACAAUCUGGAUGAAAUGACAAAAUUAGCAGCUAAAGAAGAAGACUGUAAUGCAAAAUGUUUCAGUGAUGUGAUUGCAUUUGAUGUGCGGAGUGAUGUGUCAUAUUUUGCCCAACUUUGGGAGGGAAGCCCACCGAUGGCACCACCAAACCCUUUGUACUGUGAUAGCAUUCAAGAGUUAAAGGGAAAUAUAAUCUCGAAAAUGUCCUCAAACUCUGGUGUGACAUUCUCACAAUUCAAACAACGUUUAAGCAGUUUAUGGAAUGCACUUCUAGAUGAAAAUUUUGUUUUCAGCUUCAGAAACACUCUUGAGAUUGCAGUGUACAGGAGACUGGAGCAUGAGUAUAGUAAAUGGACAUGGAGCCUCAGGAGUGCCAUGCUGGCUACUGAGAACAAACUGCACAACAGAGUCACUAAUGAAGAUUCCAUCAAGAUUGAUGAAGAGGACAUCGUGGAAUGCAUAAAAGAGACAAAGACAGAUGUAGAGACAUCAAUUAAAAAGCUCUUUGAUGAAGACAGAGACAAAGAAAUUUUGGUUCAAUGGAGAGAAAGAUUUCAGGUGAAAGUUUCAGAGUUAUGUAGUGAACUUGUACAAGGAACAAAAAGAAAAUUGGAUGAGGUCAUUCGACUGAAAAAGGCAAGAAAGAAGGUAGACUCUGAAAAGAAAAUGUAUGAAAAAAAGCUCUUUAAACUGAGUAAAGAGCUCGCCUUUCACUUAAAAAACAUAGAAACUGAUGAAGAUGCACUCCAGAAAGAAUUUGAAGAUGUCUGGUCCACGUGGGUCAAUGAGCUGACUUCUGACACACCACAAUUUGCUGACAUUAAUAUAUGGGGUGAUGUAACACAGAUCCUUUCAGAAAGCUAUGAACAAACCUUUGUCACUGAGCGACAGCACCGGGAAAUUUACAAAAGAAUUGAUGCCUUAGGGAAUUAUUCAGACUAUGUUAUUCUUAAAAACCAGGAAGACCCUGGCCAGGAAGACCUGCAGUCUAGGAACGAAUGUGUUGAGGAUGUGGAAGAUAAAAAUGCUUGUGCAUCUGGCCACUUGAACCAAGGUGAGAAAUGUUCCCCAGCUGAAGAGAGUUCCGGAACCUCGACUUUUACAGGAGAGGAUAACAAUUCACUCAGUGUUCUCAUUAGAAACACUGCUGAGGAUAUUAAGGCACAAAUUCGGAGUAAAUCAAUUGCAGAACAUGGAUACAGUCGUAACUACAUUCCAGAAAUAAUCAGCUUUGUAAAAGACAAAGUAACAGAACAUGAAUCCAACACCUCUAAUUAUACACUCAGAAAGGAGUUCACAGUGGACCUAUGUCUCAGUGUAUGUGACUUUGCAGCAGACUACUUUGCAGAGCAGCAUAAAGAAUUUAAAGAAGCUUAUGAUGUACGACUUUACCUGGAGAGACAGAAGCCACAGUACUUCAAUAUCUUUAAGGACUACUGCAGUGGUGCAACUUCUACAGCUGUGUUUGGUCGUGUAAUUGUGGAUACACUUAAUCCAUCAAUAGUGCAAGCAGCAUAUGACCAAACUGCCAUUGACUUGAGUGACAAAAUGAAGUGUGAUGUUCCUGCAUUUAGUGGAAACAAGUCAAAUCAGGAAAAACACAUCCUGACAUCACUAGCAGAGGAGGAAAACUUUGAGAAUUACGUUGAGUAUAUUCAGAAACCCAAAGAAUAUUGUAGUCGUUUUAUUAAUAAGAAGGUUGAUGAUUAUGUACACAAGGAAAAUAAAAAUGAAGUUUUAGAAAUCAUCAGAAGAAACAUCAGUUCCAAAGGAAAACGUGUGAUGGAUGCUGUGAAUGAAGCAACAGAAGAAGUAAAACGCAACAAUGGAGAUGCCAACAUGUGGCUCCAACAUUUAUCCAGAAAGCUGCAAGAUGAGCUUCAGCUGAAGGAAAAGUCAUGUCCUGAGCAGAAUGAAGUUUCAGACCUUGAUUUUCUUCGAGAGAUUGUGAUCGCAGAACUAACUAGCAUUAUGUCAGAGUUAAACAAGAGUUUUCAAGACAUUUCUGACCUCAAGUGGGAAAUGUUCAGGAAGAAACCGGAAGACAUUCUGAUUGAACAGCUCUGCCGAUGUUGCUGGGCACAGUGCCCGUUCUGUAACGCCAUCUGUACCAACACACUGGAAAACCAUAGUGGAGAUCACAAUGUUCGUUUUCAUCGCAACCCUGGAAUAAACGGAUGGUCUUUCAUGUUUACUGGUAACCUCGGAAUUGAUUUCUGCACAACUGCUGUUUCAAGUAAACUUCUACAUUUUCGUACAAAUGGUAAAGUAUUAUCUUUUAAGGACUACAGAGAAGCAGGUGGAGAAUAUGCCAGAUGGAACAUCAUGCCUGAUAAUUCAGAGAUGCCGUACUGGAAAUGGUUUGUGUGCAGAUUUCAGGAGGACCUGGAAAGGUAUUACAGGAAAAAAUUCAUAAACAAUGAAAUUCCCAAAGAAUGGAGGGACUACAGUAAGGAGCAAGCUAUCGAAAGCUUAAAUGAGUUGUAGUGUAAUUCUGAAAGGCUGAAAAUCACUGAUGCCCUGUUUUUUUAUAAACCUUUUUUUUCACAGGGCUCAAUAACCAGGCCUUAACUCAGAACUAUUGCGAUGAGUACCAUGACAUUAUUUAAUUUUACUAAAAUAAAGCAACAAGCUGAAUAAACCACUGUUAGAGCUGAUGUUUCAGAGUUUAAUCACAUACCAGAUAAUUUAAACUAUUGCAUAGGUUUAUAGAAACCUAAAUAUUAGAUGUGAGGGUGGAUACUAUGUAAGAAGCAACAAAGGUGACCAACAGCCGCAUUUUAAGGUCACCUGCAUAUUUACACUGCAUUAUCUCUUUUCUUUCUAUACAUGUCUCAUUUUUAGCUAAUUAAAAAACAAUAGAUGGUUUGAUGGUUGUUUUGUACAGGUAUUUCACUGUUCUGAAAUGUGAUUUGCAUCCAACAAGUGGACAUAUUUGUGAUGGCUGUACUAGGUUUUAUAUAGUAGUUUUGUAUAAAUCCAAUCUUUCACUGUGUAAUACAUCUAAUGCAUGUAAUAUUAUUGCUAUAUUAUGGCAGAUUUUUUUGCACCUUCCAUUCCUUUGCAAUCAGAUUGAACAGCAACGUAUACAUUUUGAAUUAAAGUUUGAUUUAA